AUGCGACACUCCAACGACGGCUUAACGACGUCAUCCGCCUCGUCGACCGUCAUGGACAGGUCGCACCCGGCAACGAUGGCGGACGUCGAGAAGGCGGACCGGUCGCCGUACGACUCCUCCUCUCCGGCCCGUCAUUCCCUCGACCGCAUCCCCUCUCAGCAGCGCGAGACGGACGCCAACAUGUACCCGAAACCGUCCGACGUUGUCGAGGCCGACCUCGAGAAGGGCGGCCCGGCGCCCGCGCAUCAUCUCAUCGGCGCCGAUGCCGACGCCGAGACGAAGCCUGGCGAAGGGGCGCCGCCGGCUCCCGCCGCCCCGCCGGGCAUCAAUCCGGCCGACUUCCCCGAUGGCGGCGCCGAAGCCUGGAGCAUGGUCUUCGGAGGCUGGUUGACUCUUUUCUGCACCUUCGGCUUGAUCAACUGCGUCGGCGUGUUCCAGGCGUACUAUAUGCAGGGCCCGCUGCGCGAGUACCCUCCAUCGACGGUCGCGUGGAUCACCAGUACGCAGGUGUGGACGCAGACCUUCAUGGGCGUCGUGUUCGGUCGUCUGUAUGACUCGUACGGCCCCAAGUACCUCAUGUACGGCGGCACCGUCGUCUACGUCUUCGGCCUCAUGAUGACGAGCCUGUCGACGCAGUACUACCAGUUCAUCCUGGCCCAGAGCAUCGUCUCGUCCGUCGGCUCCAGCGCGUGCUUCAACGCCGCGAUGGCGUCGGUGACGUCGUGGUUCUUCCGCCGCCGCGCCGCCGCCUUCGGCAUCAUGGUGUCCGGCUCAUCCGUCGGCGGUGUCGUCCUGCCCAUCAUGAUGAGCAAGAUGAUCGCCCAGGUCGGCUUCCCAUGGGCCAUACGCGCCGUGGCGUUCCUCUUCCUGUUCCUACUGGGCGUCUCGUGUCUGACGGUCAAGUCGCGGCUGCCGCCGCGGCCCCGUCCUCUCGUGCUCAAGGAGUACGUCGACAGCCUGCGGGAGCCGCCGAUGGCCAUCACCGUGUGCGCCAUGUUCCUAUUCUUCUGGGGAAUGUUCCUGCCCUUCAACUUUGUCAUCUUGCAGGCGAGGGCCCAGGGGAUGGACGAGAACCUAGUCAUCUACCUGCUCCCCAUCAUGAACGCCUUCAGCAUCCUCGGUCGCAUCAUACCCGGCAUCGUCGCCGACAAGAUUGGCCGGUACAACGUCAUGGUCUUCAUCACUUUGGUCAGCGCCGUCUUCUGCCUCGGCCUGUGGAUCCCUGGCAAGAACAAUGCGGCCAUCAUCGUCUUCCUCGUCGUCUUCGGCUUCUCCUCUGGCGGCUUCAUCUCGCUGGUUCCGGCUUGCAUCGCCCAGAUCUCUGACAUUAGACAGAUCGGCGUCCGCACGGGCACCGCGUUCGCCGUCCAGUCCUUUGGCGCGCUGACGGGCAGCCCCAUAGCCGGCGCCAUCGUCGCGUCGCAGGGUGGUAGCUAUCUGGGGUUGCAGCUGUUCUGCGGCCUCGUGAUGCUGGCGUCGGUUUUUGUCUUCUUCUGCGCGAGAACGGUACAGGUUGGAUGGCAUCUGAGAAAGAUUGUGUGA